AUAGCUACCAUUCUUAUUAAGGGUGAUUAGAGCUCAAGGGUGUCUUGCUCCAAAGCUUGACUUUAUUUCCAUGCACUGGGCUGCCCUUUGAGAUUAAUUUUAAGGGAUGGUAGGAUGUGGAAGUCUCAGGUUAAGGAGUUAAAUCACUGAUUAACCAGUGUUGAAUAAUACUUCAUGUUCCUGAAUCAUUUCCUUUUUCAGAAUGGUAAGGGCAAAGGAGACGCAGUGAGGUGUUCCAGGGUUUGGCAGGGACUGAACACAGAGAGUCAGCGGGUCAGAGGUGGAAGGAAAUGCCGUCAUUCCUAGGAACGAUCGCCCCCCAGGGCACAUUCCGACGAUACUUGAGCCCAAGGCCGGGAAGUGGGUUUCCGCGCAGACCACCGGUUCAUUUGCGCGCUUGGCAGGAAGGCCGCUUCAGGACACUGGGCCUCUUGGGUGUGUGGGGGGCUGCCUCGGAACUCCAACCAGCAGUCCAAACUCUCUACCUGGGGUUCAGAGGCCGGACAUUUCCCCGCCCCGGCGCCCGCAGGUCCCUCAGAGCUCAGUCGACCCUGAAUCAUAAGAGUCGGCAUUUCUGAUUGGCUUAGAGUACAAACGCAGGCGAGCGCUGCCUGAGACUCGCUCUUUGAUUGGGUUUUAAAGGAACAGCAGAGCACGAAAUAAAGAGCCCUUCAGUCAUUGGGCCAUUGUGCGAAUCUCCUUUUGGCUUUUCUGCCGCCUGAAUUAGCGUCUCAGGAUCUUCGUCAUGAGUCUUAAAUCUGGGCCUGUCAGUUUGCCCCAGCAUUAUUUGUCUCUAGGCAGGGCAUGGAGUUUACAGAGUUCAACCAAUCAUGUAACGCCGAGAUCAGGUUGCCAGGCAGAUUAUGCUAAGGAAGCCCCGCCUUUUAUACUGCUCCCACUCUGCGGCGGGAAGAACCACCUGGAGGUGGCGGGGGGGGUUUGAUUUCCAUCACCCCUAGGGAGAGAGGAUCGGGGACCCGCUGAUCUUCCAGCUCCCCUCACCCAACGUCGUGCACGUUAUAGGGACCUCUGUUUGUCCUUCAUGAACACUCGCAUGGUAGACAGAUGACUGUCCUCCACCCCAUGCUGCUGUAGGUGCCAGAACGUGGAACGGUCCCCAGACAGGAUGGAUUCCAAAAAUGAAAGCCCACACGUGUGGCCUACAUCUGCAGAACAGGAAGAGAAUGCUGCACAGGUGCACUUUGUUCCAGACGCUGGAACUGUGGCUCAGAUCGUCUAUACCGAUGACCAAGUUCGUCCACCCCAGCAGGUGGUGUACACGGCAGAUGGUGCCUCCUACACGUCAGUGGAUGGUCCGGAGCAUACGCUGGUAUACAUCCAUCCUGUGGAAGCCGCUCAGACUCUGUUUACAGACCCAGGCCAGGUAACUUAUGUCCAACAGGAUGCUACAGCUCAGCAGGCCUCAUUACCCGUGCAUAAUCAGGUGUUACCUUCAAUUGAGAGUGUGGAUGGCUCAGACCCUUUGGCCACUCUGCAGAACCCUAUGGAUAGACUGGAGGCCAAAGAGGAAGAGGAUGAGGAUGAGGAUGAGGACACUGAGGAAGAUGAGGAGGAAGAUGGCGAAGACACAGACCUCGAUGACUGGGAACCAGAUCCACCCCGGCCCUUCGACCCGCACGACUUAUGGUGUGAGGAGUGUAACAAUGCGCACUCUUCAGUGUGCCCAAAGCAUGGCCCCUUGCACCCUAUCCCCAACCGUCCUGUGCUCACCAGAGCAAGAGCCAGCCUCCCCCUGGUCCUGUACAUCGACCGGUUCCUCGGAGGUGUGUUCUCCAAAAGGCGCAUCCCCAAGCGCACCCAGUUCGGCCCCGUGGAGGGACCCCUUGUCAGGGAGUCGGAGCUGAAAGACUGUUAUAUUCAUCUAAAGGUUUCUCUUGAUAAAGGGGACAGAAAAGACAGGGAUUUGCAUGAAGACCUAUGGUUUGAGUUGUCUGAUGAGACCCUUUGUAAUUGGAUGAUGUUUGUACGUCCAGCCCAGAAUCACCUGGAGCAGAACCUGGUGGCUUACCAAUAUGGCCACCACGUGUAUUACACAACAAUAAAGAACGUAGAACCCAAGCAGGAGCUUAAGGUGUGGUAUGCUGCAUCCUAUGCUGAGUUUGUGAACCAGAAAAUUCAUGACAUUUCUGAGGAAGAAAGGAAAGUUCUUCGAGAGCAAGAGAAGAAUUGGCCCUGCUAUGAAUGUAACCGCCGAUUUAUAAGCUCAGAGCAGUUGCAACAGCAUCUCAAUUCUCAUGAUGAGAAACUGGAUGUGUUUAGCAGAACAAGAGGCAGAGGAAGGGGACGAGGCAAGAGGCGAUUUGGCCCAGGUCGACGGCCAGGGCGUCCUCCAAAAUUUAUCCGCUUGGAAAUAACCAGUGAAAAUGGGGAAAAGUGUGAUGAUGGGACACAGGACUUGCUACAUUUUUCCCCCAAGGAGCAGUUUGAUGAGGCUGAACCAGCUACUCUGAAUGGGCUGGAUCAACCAGAACAGACCACUCUCCCAGUCCCUCAGCUGCCACAGGAAACUCCUUCUCUGGAGCAUGAGCCGGAAACUCACAGCCUACACCUGCAGCCCCAGCCUGAGGAGAGCGUGCUGCCCCCCCAGAGCACUCUGACUGCCGAUGACAUGCGCAGGGCCAAACGCAUCCGAUUGGAGCUGCAGAAUGCAGCUCUUCAGCAUCUAUUUAUUCGGAAGUCCUUCCGGCCUUUUAAAUGUUUGCAGUGUGGGAAGGCCUUCCGUGAAAAGGACAAACUGGACCAACACUUGCGCUUCCAUGGGCGGGAGGGGAACUGCCCGUUGACCUGUGAUCUCUGUAACAAAGGCUUCAUCAGCAGUGCAUCUUUGGAGAGCCACAUGAAGCUCCAUUCGGACCAGAAGACUUACUCUUGCAUUUUUUGCCCAGAAUCCUUUGACCGCCUUGAUUUGUUGAAAGAUCAUGUGGCCAUUCAUAUCAACGAUGGCUACUUCACCUGCCCAACAUGUAAGAAAAGGUUCCCAGAUUUUAUCCAGGUGAAAAAACACGUGCGAAGCUUCCACUCAGAAAAGAUCUACCAGUGUACAGAGUGUGACAAGGCCUUUUGCCGUCCUGACAAACUGCGACUCCACAUGCUCCGACAUUCAGACCGCAAAGAUUUCCUCUGUUCUACGUGUGGGAAGCAAUUUAAGCGAAAAGACAAACUACGGGAACAUAUGCAAAGGAUGCAUAAUCCUGAGAGGGAAGCCAAGAAAGCCGACCGCAUCAGCCGCUCCAAGACGUUCAAGCCUCGUAUCACGUCCACCGACUACGACAGCUUCACGUUCAAGUGCCGCCUGUGUAUGAUGGGCUUCCGCAGACGAGGCAUGCUGGUAAAUCACUUAUCAAAGAGGCACCCAGACAUGAAGAUAGAAGAGGUGCCAGAGUUAACUCUACCCAUCAUAAAACCCAACCGUGAUUACUUUUGUCAGUAUUGUGAUAAGGUUUAUAAAAGUGCGAGCAAGCGGAAAGCCCACAUUCUGAAGAACCAUCCUGGGGCUGAGCUCCCACCCAGCAUUCGGAAACUUCGUCCUGCCGGCCCUGGAGAACCAGACCCCAUGCUGAGUACCCACACCCAGCUCACAGGCACAAUAGCUACCCCUCCUGUCUGCUGUCCCCACUGCUCCAAACAGUACAGCAGCAAGACCAAGAUGGUACAACACAUUCGCAAGAAGCAUCCAGAGUAUGCCCAGCUCCCUAACACCUUACACACACCACUGACAACAGCUGUGAUCAGUGCUGCACCAGCUGUUUUAACUACAGAUAGUGCUACUGGAGAGACUGUGGUGACAACAGAUCUGCUAACCCAAGCCAUGACAGAACUGUCCCAGACCUUAACAACAGAUUACCGAACACCACAAGGCGACUACCAGAGAAUUCAAUAUAUCCCUGUGUCACAGUCUACAUCAGGUCUGCAGCAACCUCAGCACAUACAGCUUCAAGUGGUGCAAGUGGCCCCGGCCACCUCCCCUCACCAGUCUCAGCAGUCCACUGUGGAUGUGGGCCAGCUCCACGACCCCCAGACCUACACCCAGCAUGCCAUCCAGGUGCAGCAUAUCCAAGUCACUGAGCCCACUGCCUCAGCGCCAUCGUCCUCCCAGGUCGCGGGACAGCCAUUGAGCCCCUCAUCCCAGCAGUCUCAGCAGGGGCUCAGCCCCACCCAUAUACCAGGCAGUUCUUCCACACAAGGCCAGGCUCUCCAGCAACAGCAGAGUUCCUCUGUGCAGCACACAUACCUACCCAAUGCUUGGAAUUCCUUCCGUGGCUAUUCAUCUGAGAUUCAAAUGAUGACACUUCCCCCUGGUCAGUUUGUGAUUACAGAUAGUGGUGUGGCAACUCCUGUCACCACUGGCCAAGUGAAGGCAGUUACUCCGGGUCAUUAUGUGUUAUCAGAAAGUCAACCAGAAUUGGAGGACAAGCAAGCUUCUACCCUCUCUGCGGGAGUCCAGGUUCAGUCAACUGCGCACAGUGACUUGGACCCCCAGACCACCAGCCAACAGCAGCCUACACAGUACAUCAUUACAACCACCACCAAUGGGAAUGGAAGCAGUGAAGUGCAUAUCACUAAAUCUUAACUGCCAUCGUUGAGCUAGAAUCAAGCAGUCACAUAAUGUCUUUUCUCAUUCAUAAAUCGGAAAGCUUCUGACACUGAGAACUCUUUUUUAAGAUUUAUCUUUCACUCAAGAGUUUGAAGGCCACAGCUUUGACACUCAUACAUACACUGGGGCUUGUUUUAUCAAGGUCAUCUUUACUAAAUUUACUCUGGAACAUAGGAGUUUCUGCCACAGAAUGGAGAUCUUUAAGGAGAAAGUAGAUUUCAAGAUGGAGAAACUUUUCCUUGCUCUUGAAUUGGUUUUUUAACACAUUGAUAAGCCUUACUUUUCCUUUGUGGAAAUAUUAAGUGAUGUAUUGUGUUUGUACCAAAGGUGGAGAAAAGAUGUGCCAAGUUCACGGCCACUGGACUUCAUUCCAAGGUGUGGCACCAAAGGAGAAGGGGCAUUUUAUGGCCGUGUGUUAGAACUGCUUCAUCUUGUGAGUUUGCUGUAAUUUAACAAGGGGAGCCUAUUGAUUAUGAAAAUAACCAUGAUGAAACAAAGGAUUGAUAGUGAUGGUCUGAAGGAAAAUUUAUCAUCUAAAUUUUUCUUAUUGCUGAUUUAAAAAACAAAACAAAAAACCUUGCCCUUUUUUUGGAAGACCAUUGUUAGGCUACUGGUAGUAUUUUCCACAGAUGCAGGCCCUCAGUGGACUUGGCCAGAUGCCAUGUUUUGAUAGAUCUUACUUUAUUAUUCCACAGCAGUGGAUUCCCUGUAAGAUAACAGGUUUCUUGAUGUCAGCACAAUUUAAACUCCUACAUUAAAGCUUUGCCUCCCAUUCUCUGGUGUGGUUGUGUAAUAAGAGGUAGAUAUUGGAGAUAUCGGUACUAAGUAAAAUUACUAAGACAAUUAUAUGUAUAUAUAAAGUAAAAAGCACUGAAAACUUGUCCUGCCUCGCAGGAUCCAUUUACCAUUCACUGGUAAAGGAUGAAUUCCUUGCUCUUACCAGGUGUACAUUCAACACUUGCUCUUAGCAUUCAGUGUAUUAUAGAAUUUCUAAUGCUGUCUUAAAAUGAACAUUCUUUAAGGUUGGAUUGAAAGGUGGCCCUCUUUAUUUCUUACCACUUUUAACUUAAACAGAUUAAAGCUCAUCUGGACCUUUUGGUAUGACCAACUUCACACAUAGGGGAAAAAUAAGAACGUAGAGACCAUUUAUAAUAUGUUAGGGUAAUUAUAAGGAAUCUGGAAGAAACCCAAUUUUUAUGACUAUUACACUGUUAGUAGGGAGAGGGAAAAAAUCAACCUCAAUGAUAGUUUUGCUAAAAUGUGUUCCUCUUUGUUAGCAGUGAAUUCAAUGAGGGAAAACAUUUCCCUCCUUUUUACUGUACAUUCCAAUUGUACACAUAAAACAUUGCAGAGAUCAAUAUGUAUUUUAACAACUUUUUGUGGCAUACUAACACAUUUUUAGAAUAAUUAUUGCAUGGCAGAAUUUAUCACUCCAGAACAAAAAGACCUAACUUCAAUUUCAAAUGAAGUUAACUAAUUUAUUUUAUUUACAUUUCUGGGUUGAAACUGGUUAUAUAAAUUAGAAGUAUAGUAGCUUCUUUAUGGUAAAAAUACUUUCCUAAAAAGUAAACAAUUCUAUUGAAAUAACUUUAUUAAUAUGUAGAUUUUGCACUUUAUUUUUUGAGACCUCAUUAAUUUAGUUAUCCCUGAAAAUUUGGGCACUAAGAGAACUUGAGAAAUUUACUUGGUAAAGGUGUAAAACUGGAAAUGGACUCUUUAUCUUUGGUAACAAAGAGAUAAUGUCAAUAUUUUUAAUAGAAAAUAUUGACCCUAUAUUACAAAAUAGAGACUCUGGGUCCCAAAAUCCCACAAUGUAAUGAUUGUAAAUAUCCUAGGGUCCAGUGUAGAAAGACUUGCUAGGUGAAGAAUACUAGACUUUCCCAAAGGUCCAGUUUGUUUCUAUACCUUGAAUUUGAUUCUGUUGUAUCCUUUUUAAUUUGAACCAGCAAGGUAUCUCCCUUCCCCUCAGGAAUAACUUGUUGCUUAAAAUAAAAACCUAUCACUGAAUGGAAUGUUCAUUUUAUGCCAGUUAUUUCAAGUUUUAAAAUACACCGAAGAAAAUGUGGAAGGACCUCUUUGUCUCUUUCCCAUCUAUGUUUGUUUUUCCUUUCUUUCUUCUUUGUUUUGGUCCUUAUGUGGAAUAAGUAAAGACUCUAAAACUAAUUUGUAUAUUAUCAACCAAAAAUGCAGGCGGCAGUCAAGCCAAACAACACUGCUUUGAGAUCAGGUAUUUUGUACAUUCAUCCAAGGUAAUAGAUUUUCAAAAGGACUUGGAUUUGAAGAGAUGGCAGAUUACAAGCCCUCUGAAGACCCAAUUUGGAAAAAAAAUGUUUGUAGCCAACAUUUAUAUUGUUUCCUUUCUUAAGAUACAUUGACACUGUAGACUUCAAUCAGUGCAGUGUGAAAAUUUUGGAGUUACAUAUAGAUUUUACAUUUUUAUUGUUUGAUUUGUGCCCACAUAAUAGACAUUUCAUCAUGUAAAAUUCCUAUUACUCUGGGAAAACCUGUUAUUUUGAUCUUCUUGAAUUGUUUUCUGAUUUCAAAUUAUCCUUUCAAAAACUCUUAUGAUAUCUAGGGCUAAAAAGCACUUCAUGAGACGCUAAAGCUGACCCAUGGGUUGAAAAUGUUGACCCUGUCCUGUUAUUUAAAUGUGAACAUUUAUUGUACAUUCAGUGAGUUAUAGUGUUAAUAGUCUUGUGCUACUCAGCAGGUGUAAAAAUUAAUAAAUAUUUUUUUUA